AUGUCAGAAUCGCCUCAACCUGAUGCUUUUGCCAAUGCACUAGCUGGUGCAGCCGGAGGGGCUCUUUCAAUGGCGCUCACUUACCCCUUGGUUGCCGUAACGACGAAAAUGCAAACGCAGGGUUCACAGGAGAUACCAGACGAGAGAACAGCAUCAGAAAGAAAACAAGGUCUGCUUAUCACUGUCAAAGACAUCUAUCGCAAAAACGGUAUCACUGGCUUUUUCGCUGGUCUGGAAAGCGCUGUCAUCGGAAUGGCAUUUUCGUCGUUUGUGUACUACUACUGCUACGAGGCAUCGUCCCGGUUUAUUUUGAAAAGCACCCGUAAGCAGAGUUUGAAUACCGCCGAAUCGAUGCUAGUCGGAACCAUAGCCGGCUCUGUGAAUGCUACGGCAACGAAUCCGCUCUGGGUCGCGAAUACUAGAAUGACCGUCGAUAAGAGCGAUCGCAGCACUCUCCACACGAUCUUGGAAAUAUCACGAACGCAGGGACCCAUGACUUUGUUCAAUGGUCUCAAACCUGCUCUUCUUCUUGUGAUCAACCCAAUCAUUCAAUACACGGUAUUUGAACAAUUGAAAAACCGGGUUUUGGAACGUCGUAAUACUCGAACCCUGAGUCCCUCAUGGGCUUUUGUAUUGGGAGCGCUCGGAAAACUUGUGGCUACAGGCGCCACGUACCCAUAUGUGACGAUGAAGGCCAGAAUGCACCUCAAAGGAAAAAAGGCAGACGGUGGAGAAGACACGAACACACCAACUUCUUUGAUUUCGCUAAUGUUCGAAACCGUGAAACAAAGUGGAGUUUCUGGCCUGUACCGAGGCAUCGGCCUUAAGUUAGUGCAAAGCGUUCUUACUGCUGCGUUUUUGUUUUUCUUCAAGGAGGGUUUAGUUCUUUGGAGCAUCAAAGCAUUAAAGACACUCUCAGUACUGAACAGAAAAAGGCGGCUUUUGAACAAGGCCUGA